AUGCUGAAAAUUUGGUCUAUGAAGAAGGAGCAAAAGGAUGCUGAGAAUGCAGAGGGCAAGAAGAAGAAGGUGACGGCGGCGCAGCUGCGCGUACAAAAGGACCUCUCAGAGCUCGCCCUGGGCAAGACCAUGACGACCGAGUUCCCGGACCCCGACGACAUCCUCAACUUCAUCCUGACGAUCGAGCCGGACGAGGGCAUGUACCGCGAGGGGCGGUUCACCUUCAGCUUCGCCAUCAACCAGAACUUUCCACACGAGCCGCCCAAGGUCCAGUGCCGGGAGAAGAUUUACCACCCCAACAUUGACCUGGAGGGCAAGGUGUGUCUGAACAUUCUACGCGAGGACUGGAAGCCCGUGUUGAAUCUCAACGCCGUGAUUGUCGGACUACAGUUUCUGUUCCUCGAGCCUAACGCCUCGGACCCGCUGAACAAGGAAGCCGCCGACGACCUGCGCAACGCCCGCGACACGUUCAAGCGCAACGUGCGCGCGGCCAUGGGCGGCGGCGCCAUCAAGGGCAUGUACUACGAUCGUGUGCUGAAAUAG